AUCUUCAUCAUCGUCGUCAGCAGUGGCCCUAAGGGGGCGUAAGCCACUGUUAACGAUGCGCGAACUGGCGCGCAAUGGCGUUAGGAGGGUUGGCUCGUUGUGUGGUUUACGGAGAGGCAGGAUUUUAGUCGCUUGCUUCAUCUCGUGUGAGACGCAUUGCGCCGUGUUCUUGUGGAGUGAAUAUUUGUGAGCAAAGGUCAACCUCUCGAGUAACAUCUCAAUUCCAUGAGGCCGAACUGUUCUUAGACGGGUGGAUUUAUUCAAAGUGUUGUCAAUUAGAUUGUGUAAAGUGUACAGUGCGUCAGGAAAAUCGAUCUGCAAUAUUUUUAGUGAUUCCAAAUACUCAACUGUUUGUGAAUUAUCAACGAGAAAAUCUUUGUUGUCGAAACCGGAAAACGUCCCCGAAAUCCGUCGGAAUGUUACCGUACAGCUCUUAUGCGGCAGCAAUACAGCAGAUCCAAAGCCUCAACCACGAUCUGGCACUGUUUAGCAGUCAGCACGCAGGUGGACGCUACCUACCCCAUCCGGAGCACAGUGCGGCCACGCUGGGCCAAUCGUACUUUGGGCUGAACAAUUGGUCACUGCCGUUCUCGUUCCUGAAGUCGGUCCAUCGGCCGGAAAAGCCACCCUUCUCCUACAUUGCCCUGAUAGCGAUGGCGAUCAGUAGUGCACCGAACCAGCGGCUGACACUAAGCGGAAUCUAUAAGUACAUUAUGGAUAACUUUCCGUACUAUCGCGAAAAUCGCCAGGGUUGGCAGAACUCCAUCCGGCACAAUCUCUCGCUGAACGACUGUUUCAUUAAGGUUCCGCGGGAAAAAGCGUCCGGAACCGGCGGCAAGGGCCAAUCGUCCGACGGGGACGGCGGUGAAGGCGGUGGAGGUAAUGCAGGAGCAGGCGGCAAAGGUAGCUACUGGAUGCUGGACCCGUCGGCAAACGAUAUGUUUGAGCAGGGCAAUUACCGGCGCCGUCGUACCCGCCGACAGCGCAACGCAAAAUUGAUCCUGAACGGCCACUUCCAGGGUUCACCGUUUGCGCUGGCCUUUCCACCGACCGGAGACUUUAUGAGCCCGUCAACGGUAACGCACCUGCCACCACAGCCCCACGGUCGACGAAACGAGGGCACUGAUCUUCAUCAUCUGAUAGUGCGAAAUGAUUUGAUACAGCAGCGGCAGCAGCCGUCUCCGGAGCUGGCCGAUCCGGCUCUGCUUUUGCUUGGUUCCGGCUGCUACCAUCACCCUCACGGCGGCUAUGUCCACGGGGCAUCCUCAUCAGCAGCGCUGCUGGCCGAUGGGCUGGUAGCAGGUGAUUCGCCGACGUCCUCCCUUGACACAACUUCAUUAGCCGAUACGAGCGGAGCCCGGGAUGGAGUGGGCCACCAGCGUGGAAGAUGGUCACCUUCUUCAGCAUGCCACCACAUCAAGCACCGGAGCGACGAGGAUACGGUUCCCUCCAUCGACGGUGUAGAUGAAGUAGAGUUCUUGGAACACUCCCCGAGUGGCACACAUUCUGAGGGCGAGUACGAAAAUGAACUUAACGCACUAAAUCCGGCCGGCGAGCGACAUCCGAGGAUGGAAUUAAGCGCACGUGCGAGGAAAAGUGAUAAUUGCUUGAACCAACAGUUCCCUUCGACGGUGCGCUUCACGGCCCACUCGCUGGACGCUUUGCUGCUGGGCGAGCUGAGUGGAUUGCGUGUUAGAGGCUGCGAGCUAACGUCACCUUUCUCGUGCACUACCAGUCCCGAUCGGCAAAGUUCUCACUCGGGCGAACGGCCGUUCCGAACGGUCAGUCCGGAUCAAACGGGAUUUGCUACUGCCCCGGUCGGUGAUGGUUUGUGCACACCUGAAAGCGCAUCGAAACCGACACUUCCGACAUCGGUAGCAGCAGCAGCAGCAGCAUCCGUCAGAGCGUCCGGAUCGUCCAACUCGCCGGUAACAGCGUACUGCUGCCCCAGUGUAAACAGUGCCCGACUCUCGCCCGGCCGGCGUGAAAGUCCGAAAGCUGGCUCACCGGUUACAGUGACCGUACCGGUUCGCACGAAAGUUGGUGGCUUAAAGUCGAGCAAUUUCACCAUCGAAAGUAUUAUGCGACGGGACUAGGGAGCGUGAUAGCAUGGUCGCCAUUUACAUCUCUCGCCCAUCAAGGGUG